AAGUUUAGGAGGGGACACUGGAACAACGCAUACUCGGUUUCGUUCUUGUCAGCUCUCCGAACUCUGAGUGCUCAGAGUGACUUUGCUAUAGUUGUUUCCGUUCUACGGUCAAGUGCGAAAGCAUCAAAAAAUUCUCAAGCGAUAGCAAAAGUGUUCUUGUGAGUGAUUUGAAUCUAAGAAAAUGGCAACAAACAGGGCUACUAAAAGUGGAUUUGCUGCUGAAGCUCAAAGGAAGGUAAACGCCAAGUACAGUGAAGAAUUGGCUCAUGAAUCUUUAGAAUGGAUAAUGAAACUCACAGGCGACAACAUAAACACCGCUGGCGAUAUGGACAACUUCUACGAAGUUUUGAAAGAUGGGCAACUCUUGUGCAAACUGGUUAACUGUAUCAAACCGUCAAUUGUUAAAAAAGUCAAUAGUAGUCAAAUGGCCUUUAAAUGUAUGGAAAACAUAAACGCUUUUUUGGAAGCGGCCAAAGAGUUGGGCGUUCCUGCUCAAGAGACCUUCCAGACUGUCGACCUUUGGGAGCGACAAAACCUCAACUCUGUAGUUAUCUGCUUGCAGUCGCUAGGCAGAAAGGCCGGCAACUACGGCAAACCAAGCAUAGGACCAAAAGAGGCUGAAAAGAACGAAAGAAUAUUUUCGGAAGAGAAACUGAAAGCAGGCCAGACCAUUAUUGGCCUCCAGAUGGGUAGCAACAAAGGUGCUAACCAAUCCGGUAUCAACUUCGGUAACACAAGGCACAUGUAAAUCACUUCUUUGACAACUUGUAAUUAGGUUAAAUACUCUAUUAUUUAAUAAAUAUUUAAGUUUCAUUUUUUUAUGUAAACUGCACGAAGUGCCAAUUAAGUAGUUCUUAUGACAGAGAAAAAUAUAAUGGGUAGAAACGAAAUUUAAGUUUUGGGAGAAAACUUGUUUAAAAAUUUAUUUUUCUAGGCUGUUUUUAGAAUAAGAUAUUUAUUGUAACAACGACCAAUGUCAAUGUCUUCUACAUAUAUUCUCUCUAAUAAAAAAAACUACUUA